UGUAUGUUUACUCUACCACAACCAGCUAGUAGAUCCUGAUUAAAAAAAGUGAGAAAGAAAGAUCUUAUUUAUUUAUUAAUUAUUUUCACAGCACGGUCCCUUAACAAUUACUGAAGUCAGAAAAAAUUACAGCUCUUGACGAUCAAGCUGAGGCAACGUUGAAGUGGAAAGCUCCUCGAAUUAUAUUGAGGAAGCUCCACGAGGGUGGCAAGUGGCUUUAACAGAGAAAGCUUAAUUUGCAGGCCAAAGCCAGCAAUGAAUUGUUAAAUAGCAGCACAAGAACCGAAAAAGAGUCACGGUGAACAAGUAGAACAGUAGAAGAAUGCAGUGUAUUUAAUGCACGUGUGUAUCUAAUUCCUUUUCUGGGUAGUAUAUCAGAAGCUCCGUGGCUUGUUCAGUUGACUUGCUAGGUCUCAUUAACUGGUGUUUUGGAACAGAAAACAAGAAAUGGGGAAGGCGAGCAAAUGGAUUAGAAACUUCCUUCUAGGGAAGAAAGAAGAGAAACUCAAGAAGAUCGAUGGGUUCUGCCCUGAGGAUAAGAGUGUCAACAAGGGGAGUCAGAUUGUGAGUUCCAAAGUGAAGCGCAGAUGGAGCUUCGGGAAGCUAACAGGUGGAAGAAUAACAAGCAAGGUAGCAGGGCAUAAAUUUUCAAGAUCUUUUGACUCAGGUGACUCUGCCAAACUGCAAAUACAAGCCUUAUUGGAAGCCAAGACUCCAAGGCGUCUUCCAACACCGCUGGCCAAGGCUUCUAGAGAUAAAAACAAAGCUGCUAUAAAGAUUCAAGCUGGCUUUCGCUCAUAUUUGGCAAAGAGAGCAUUGCAUGCUUUAAAGGGAUUAGUCAAGUUGCAGGCACUGGUGAGGGGUCACCUUGUGAGGAAACAAACCACUGCUACACUGCGUGGCAUGCAUGCGUUAAUGGCCAUACAAGUUAGAGCUCGGAUUCACAGAAUUCAGAUGGCAGAGGAAGCUAACCUCCUCGGGAAACAGCCUCCGCAACAUACAGAAGUUACACACUUCAGUGAUUUUAUAACAGAAGAAAAUAAAGAUUCAUGGGAUAUGAGUGUGGAAGAAAUGUUGGAGGUUUUGAAAAGCAGAAGUGGCCCUCUAGAUGGUUCGCAUGUUAAGAGCAGAGAGCGUGAUUCCAUGACAUUCUAUUCCAAGCAUCUGCCGGUUGUUUCUAAACGACAAAACCAAUACAAGAAUACUCUAAUUAUGUCUGAAAUUAACCCAACGACAAUGGCCUUAUCAACUUCUCAGCGCCAUUCAGUGACUCACCGCCAAUCAUUGUCACCAAAUUACAUGAACAAGACAGAAUCUUCAAGGGCAAAAGCAAGGUCGCAGAGUGAACCGAAACAACGACCCAAACAGGGAACGAGGCACAAAGGCAAGUCUGUGGAAUACCCAUUGAAUGGCCCAAGACAAAAUCUUUUUUCAAACUCGUUACGCUACGAUCAUGGAAGCCUGGACCAUUGGGUUAUCAAUCUUCAUGGGUCAAUGAAGGACAGCAGACGCGAUUCCUUUGGUAGCAGCUCGGUCACUACUGAUUCCUAUUAUUGAAUUCUCCUGCUGAGUUACAGAACAAGCUAGUAAUUCAAUUUUGAACCUAAUGCUUGUCAUAUAUCAUUAUAAAACGCUUUGUAGCCCUUCUGACUUUGAUUGAGCAACGCAAUUUCAUCCCAUCUACUUUGCAGCAAAAGUCUGGUUUAUGGUAGGAUGCCAGAUUAACAACUCAAUCAUUAAUGAAAUGAUAAAACUCAUGCAAUUUGUAAGUGUUGUAGGGUGUGAUUAUCUAAUUAAUUGAUGUUUUAUUUCAAUAACUCAUAAGUUAUCACCUUUAUUUUAU